AUGGCAAAGCCCGGCAUUCUAGGCCGGAGCAGCAUGCCAAGAUCAAAUGAAGGCAUGAGGCUUGUAUUCUCAGCAGUUAUCGGUAUUAUGCUAGGUUACUUGUUUGGGAUAUCCUUCCCCACAGUCAAUAUAACCAAGCUUCAUUUCCCUUCCAGUAUUGUUUCCUAUAUUGAAGAUAGAAACUCCGGAAUCACAACCCAAACAUUGUUGAACCAUGCAUGGACAUCUGCAAACAGUCACAAGAAGAACAAUUCUGAUUCCAAGUCUGAUGAAAUUCCUAAGAUUUAUGUUACCUCAAACCCUAAAGGUGCUGAAAGGCUCCCACCAGGUAUUGUCGUAUCUGAAACAGACCUCUAUCUGCGAAGAUUGUGGGGCGAACCUAGUGAGGAUCUUACUAUCCAGCCAAAGUACCUUGUUACAUUUACAGUUGGAAUUGCGCAAAAGGCAAAUAUUGACGCAGCAGUCAAAAAGUUCUCGGAGAACUUCACAAUUAUGCUGUUCCACUAUGAUGGUCGGACUACUGAAUGGGAUGAAUUUGAGUGGUCAAAAAGGGCCAUCCAUGUGAGUGUUAGCAAGCAAACUAAGUGGUGGUAUGCCAAGAGAUUUUUACAUCCCGAUGUCGUUGCCCGGUAUGACUACAUAUUUAUCUGGGAUGAGGAUCUAGGUGUUCAACAUUUCAAUGCAGAGGAGUACAUCAAGCUUGUUAGGAAGCAUGGGCUGGAGAUCUCUCAACCUGGUUUGGAACCUGAUAGAGGUCUGACAUGGCAAAUGACUAAGCGGCGUGGUGAUCGAGAAGUUCACAAAGUAACCGAGGAGAGGCCAGGCUGGUGUUCGGAUCCCCAUCUGCCACCGUGUGCAGCAUUCGUAGAAAUUAUGGCAACUGUGUUCUCUAGGGAUGCAUGGCGCUGUGUAUGGCAUAUGAUUCAGAACGACUUGAUCCAUGGAUGGGGCCUCGAUUUUGCUCUUAGGAAAUGUGUGGAGCCAGCUCAUGAGAAAAUUGGAGUUGUUGACGCUCAGUGGAUUGUUCAUCAGGGUGUUCCAUCACUUGGUAACCAGGGCAAGUCGGAGAAUGGAAGAGCACCAUGGGAAGGGGUAAGAGGGCGGUGUAGAAAAGAGUGGGGGAUAUUCCAGGCAAGGCUGGCCGAUGCCGAGAAGAAGUAUUACUUGGAUCAAGGGAUCACGCCGCCGAAUUCGACUUCAGUCUAG